AUGUCCAUCGAUCUCAAGGGGCUCGUUCCAGCGCCGGUGACGCCUUUCACCAAGGAUGGCGCUGUGGACUAUGAGGCUAUUCAGCGUCUCGGAUCUUGGCUCGGCAGCCAAAAGGGCGUCAAAGGCCUUGUGGUCCUAGGACAUGCGGGAGAAGGAACAUUCCUUACUCCACAGGAGCAGGUUGACACCAUCAAGGCCUUUGUCAAGUCCGUCAACAACAAAAUCCCAAUCAUUGCCGGCAUCACUGGCGAAGGAACAGAAGUGGCUGCACUAGAAGCCAAGCGCGCCAAGGAGGCGGGAGCUCAAGCCGGCCUUCUAUACCCGUCUCAUGGCUGGCUACGCUUUGGCUACCAGCCUGGGGCACCCCAGGACCGCUACAGGGUCGUCUACGAGGUCUCACAACUGCCUCUCAUCCUCUUCCAGUAUCCUGAUAACACAAAGGCCAACUACAACCUACAAACUCUGCUAGACAUUGCUGCCCAGCCUGGUGUUAUUGCAAUGAAGAAUGGAGUUAGAAAUAUGAGAAGAUGGGAUACUGAGAUUCCCGUCUUCCGACGGGAGCGGCCCAACGUGCCGGUUCUGACAUGCCACGACGAGUACCUUCUCCACACCGUUUUUGAUGUCGAUGGCAUGCUUGUUGGCUACGGAAACAUUGCUCCGGAGCCUCUGUAUGAGAUGAUCCUUGCCGGCAAGGCCAAGGAUUACAAGCGUGCAAGGGAGUUGCACGACCAACUUCUGCCUGUAACCAAGGCAGUGUACCACAGAGGAUCACAUAUGGAAGGCACUGUGGCUUUGAAGCAUGCUCUUGUAGCGCGAGGAAUUCUUUCUCAUGCUACAGUACGAUCACCAUUGAUGCCGCUGCCAGACGGCGCGGAGGCGGAGAUACACUCUGCAAUCACCUCUGCAGCACUCAGCAAAGUCGCUUGA